AUGGCUGGAAAAAAACAAAGUGAAAGAAAAGUUAUUAACGAUUAUUCAGAUGAUACAAUAUCAAAGUUAUUUGGUUGUAACAGGAAUAUUAUGACUACAUUGUGGAAUCUUAUUUCUCCAUUAAAUUUAUUCUAUCAAGAGGAUCUUAUUAGAUUAAUGGAUUUUAUCACCAAUUACCAAUCUAUGUUUGUAUUAGCCACAAACUACUCAAUAUCAGAAAAAACAUUAAGAGAGCGUUUAUGGUUUUGCCUAGAGAGGCUUACUGAUAAAAUUCCCCCAAUUGAUAUUAGGUUCAGAUUUAUUAGUAAUCAUGGUACCAAGAAUUUAAAAUUUGCAGCAAAUCCUGGUUCAUAUUGUUUAACUGCUAUAGAUAGUUCUGGUUUUCCUUUCCAAUCUUCAGAUAAAAAAUUUAUUUCUGCCAGACAUGAAAAUAGAACUGAAUUAAAGUACCAAAUGCUUGUUAAUAUAUCAAAUGGUAUGGUUUGUCAUGUUCAUGGUCCUUGUCCUUCAAAUAUGGAUGAUAUCACUCUUUAUCAUAAAGAUUACUCUGGGGAAGAAAGAUUAAUUUGUCCAAUAGAUAAGGCCCAACCUAAUCUCGAUACCAAUGAAGAGUUAUAUAACAUGUGGGUAUCUUCAAAGAGAAAAUGUAUUAAAAAUGUAUUCAAAAAGUACAAGAGAUAUAAAAGUAUGAGUUCACCAUUUAGAUCAGAUGGGGAAAAGCAUUUUAGAAUUGUAAAAUUGAUAACAUACAUUAUCAACAUAAACAUCGCAGGUGAUUUGCUCGAUGAAGAACAACUUCCAUCUACCUUUCUUUAUUCUGAACGUUAUCAUACUGCUCAACAUGAAGAUGUCCCCUUUACUUCAAGUACACCAGUUUCUUCAUCUGCCCCCUAUACUUCAAGUGUACCAGUUGCUUUAGGUGCCCCUUUUAAUUCAAAUAAACCAGUUGCUGCAGUAGUCCCUUUAAUUUCAAGUGUACCAGCUGCUCCAUUUAUUUCAAGUACAGCAACUACACCAGUUGCUUUAGGUGCCCCUUUUGCUUCAAGUAAACCAGUUGCUCCAGUGGUCCCUUUUAUAUCAAGUACACCAGUUGCUACAGCUGUUACUCAACGAACAUCAAUCUCUCAUUAUCUGUCAACCGAUGAUGUUACAUUCUCGACUGCUGAAUCACAACUAUCAUCACCAUUCUACCAAAAGCCCCAAUCACCAAUCUCAUCACAAACUCAAUAUAACUUGCACAGCAAUUUGCUAUCACCACCACUCACACCAAGGACCACCCUAUAA